AGACAGGGAGUGCGAGCCCGAUUUGUCUGUCUAGUCAUUGGUGUCUGUAUCGGCAACUUUGAAAAAAUUCGUAUAUAUUAUGUCGUAUAUCAUAUUCAUUCCUCAAACCACAGAAGUUGAGAAAUUCAUUAGUGCAAUGAGGGCACAUAAAAGUUAGAAAUAGCAAAAUUAAUAUACAGAAAAUACGAAGAGACUAAAUAUGCCGUUACAACUGAUUUCUUUAAGUAAGAUUCCUAUGAAGUAAUAUUCUUUUAGUUAUUGUUAAGAUUACGAAGAAGUAUUUUUUAUUGUUGGUCAUUUUUUAGGCGUAAUGCUACUCAUUUAUUAACGAAAGUUUAUCAUACAAUUCUAUACAAAUUUUACAAAUAAUGUAUAGCCGAAUGUAAAUCUCAUAAAUUAAGUUUAUCUUAUAUAUAAGAAUUUGUUGUGAAUGCAGGUUUGGGUCAAGUUGAUUGUUUUUGUCAACAUGUGCAAUACAAUUAACUGUUUUGCACUCCAGACAAAUUUAAAAUUGAUGCCAUCAAAAUCUUUUCAUGCGGUUAUUUUCUAUGAAAGUUCGGCGUUGAAUACAAUUUUUAAUUUGUUGGACAGGUGCUAAACUAGAAUUAAAAAAAAUGAAAACAAACAGCUUGAGUUAUUUUUUUAUUUAAUGUGUUUAAAUUAACAUUUUCUCAUUCAGUGUUUAUUAUUUUUCCAGUCUUUUCCAUUGUAAAUUACUUAACAAUACGUUUGAAUACAAUCAGCAACCAAAAUAAUGAAAAUAUUUGGUUCGAGUCUCUUUCAAAGGCGAAGCGGGGAGACGUCAGCUUUGGGAGAAUUCAAUUUCCAGGUCACGCCGAGAAAAGAUACGAGGCCCGCCCAACUUGAAGUUGAUUGUUUCAAAAAGAAGAGAGAAUUUUAUGAAGAAAAUUCAUUUUCUAGAAAAUCCAUUCACAAAGUGAAACAAAAUUUUAAGGGAAACUUCAAAAAUCUGAAAUAUGAAAAUGAUUCCGAUUACGGUUCAAUGCCAAGAGAGCAAGAAAACGAAGUGAGUUACAACCCCGAAAAGUUACUAUUUCAUAAACCAGAGCAAAUUUUUGAUCUUAUUCCCCUUAAUCGUGACGUCACUCAGUACGAAGAAGACUUUUCUAUUUUCCGCAAUUAUGAACGGGUCAAAGUUCAACUACACCCAGAAGAGGAAUGGGCAAGAAAUGCAAAGACGGUUUGGUGGACAAUCAAAUUUAGCAGGCUUUGGAAAAACAUAUGCAUCGUUACCGAGAGCAGCAUAGGAGGAUCAUUAGUAUUUUCUACAGAAGCAAAAUUAUCAUUUUGUCAGGAUGACAACGUUAAAAUAACAGGAACAUUUAAUCGGAUAAAAAGUCCUGAUUUCGAACUGACAUUAACAUCAAAACUGAGCGAAAAUGAUAAUCGGCGGGGUUAUGUUAUGACUGGAAGUCUAAAGCAAGGGCUUGCAAAAGAUGGAAAGCUGGAAACGACGCAUUAUGCUACGGUUAUGGAAAACGAUUUGACAUAAAGAAGAGAAUUAUAUAAAUCAAUAAUAACCAUAUUUAUUGAACUCUUAUUCUACACAUCCAAUUAGGACAAGUUGUACUUAACUGCACCAUGUCAACAUUUUAAAUAUUAUCAAUGAAUGCCGAGACAAAUUUCAAGUUAUGUUAAGAAUGUAGGACAUUAUAUUCUCGCCCAAAUUAUUUUCUCUAAUUUACUUCACUUUGUUUAGUUUUUUUUUAUUUAUUCCAGUUUACUUUUUAUUCUUCAAAUAUAAGUUCCUGAUUUAUUUGAUA